AUGAAUUUGGAUAUGACUCUAGUUAUUGAGGUUCCCACAACCAUUACUGAUGAGAGCUCCGAAGUAGAGGUGGCGGCGGGCUCCGACGAGGAAGUCAAAGCAGAGCAGAAAGGAGUCACCGACAAGGGAGUCACCGGCAGCCUUGAGGAGCGGCAAGAACGUGGCACGGAAGGCGACUGCAGGCCACGCAGUGGAAGUACUCGAGCGUGUCGCCAUCUCCGGCGAGAAAGAACUCACCGCAUAUUCCCCCCAGAUUCACCUCUCAACCCUCCCAGAUUCCCCCCAUCACCGUUUUCACCGAGUCCACUCUUAACAGAUCAAAGCACAAAAUCUCCUUUCUACUUUGAGCUAAACAAGGAACGAGUUGGUUCAGUACAAGAUUUGGGAAAGAACACCCCUUUCCUCUACGAUCUGGUCAUAACCCACACGCUCGAGUGGCUGUCGCUGACCGUCGAGUGGCUGCCCGACCGAGAGGAGCCGCUGGGCAAGGACUAUUCGGCGCAGUUGCCGCUCGAGAAUGCCGAGAAUGAUGCCCGUCAGUAUGACGAUGAGCGAUCCGAGUUCGGUUGUUUUGGGUUAUGGAAAUUGGUCAUGGUCGGGUUGGGGGAAAAAUCGGUUCUUUACUAUUUGUUUAAGGAAUUGGAAAAGUCUUCUGAAUUUUACUUUGGGUUUUGGCACCUCGGUAGUGACGGCAAUGGAGCUUAUCCGGAGCCACCUACUUUGUUUUAG